UCAGCCCUGAUAUGCCGGUGCCUUGCUCUUGCCACUGCUGGGACCCCCAUGCCACCUGUGCCACCAGCAGUGCAAGGAGUAACAGAUGGGUCGUAAUGGCAGUGGUAGAGCUGUGGGCUAGUGUGCAAGUGGCUGGCAGCAGGAGGAGGCGAGAGCAGUGUAGCCUCCCCCUCACCCCGGCCCAUUACUCCUUGCACUGCUGGCAGCGCAGCUGGCAUGAGGGUCCUGGCAGUGGCAGCAGCAAUAAGUCUCGCCACCCUGCUCCAUCCUUCUGCUCUGGGUCCUGCCCGCUGGGCCACAGACGUGGCUCCUGCCUGUGUUGCUCCAGCCAGGCUGCAGCUGUGCCCAUGGUGGGUGACAAAUCCGGGGGGGGGGGCAUGUGCCUCCCCACGUCGCCCAUGUCCCCCUGCCCCUCCAAUGCAUCACCUAUGCCCCCCGCAUAGACAUACCUGCAAGGAGCUGCUCUCCACCAUGCUGCCUGGCUGCCACGUGCAUGUCAGUGCGCACAUGGCACUCUCUGCCUGAUCGCCCUCUCCUGCUCCCCCCAGCCUUAGCAGCCCCUCACAGGCUGGAACUCUGGCAGUCUGCAAGGGGAAAACUGCCAUUUCCUGCAUUUUUUUCCUUUAAAGGAGAAAAUCUACAUUUUUCUUUGGCACAUGGAAAACCUGGAUCCCUGAAGAUCAGGCAUCAGCUGAGGAAUGAUUUGGGGAUGUCACCGACAUCCUCAGUUUUAGAGCAGGUGCCCAAAGAGAUAGUAAGAUACACUCAGAAUCUUUGGGGCUUUUAGCCAAAAGUCUUUACCAAGCUGUACCAUGUGUCAACAAGCUGAAACACUCCAAACUUUUUCAUGGGAACUGCAAGACACACCUCUUUCACCCUCCCCCUAUCCCCCAGUCAAAUAUUAAGCUAAUGCUCCAAAUGCUAGAAAUAGUAAAGCUGACAAUUCUUGUUCUUUCACAUUUGGGGAGCUGCAUAUUCUCGACUAGCUUGGCACGACAAGCUGUUUUCAAAUACCACCUAUCAAACUUUUGCACACAUAUACAACUCAACCUUAAGCAGAGACCAAGCCUGAAAAUGCAAUGCCAGACUGUUAAAAGCUUCCUAGUCAUAAUCAAAUGGGGAAUGGGUUAUUCAAUCGUAAUAUGAGAGACCCUCAAAGCUUCAAUUCUGUUGCCUUUUACAGCACCUGGUGCUUCAGCGUAGAACAUGGCGUCCAAGAAGCGGCAGCCAAAACAGGGAGUUGCAGAUCUGAGGAAAAGCAAACAAGGCACAAACAGCAAGAACAGUGAACGGCCCCAUGCAAGUUGCAGCACAGACCUGCUUGUCACCGAGAGGGAACGGUACCUGCAGAAGGAAUGCGAGGUCCUGACUGAACAGAUAGACACGUACAAGAAGAGAGUGGAGCACUUCCUGCAGGAGAACGAGUUUCUGGACAAGGAGGCACAGCAGAUGCAGCAGAACAGUAAAAUCUAUACCACCUACAUGAGGAAGCACACUCAGAAGUGCCAGGACGCUGUCGUGAUGCUGAACGACCAGAACCACUCUGAUCUGAGCGCCGUGCACAGGCAGAAGGAGCAGAUGGUUGCGCGUUACUCCGAGGAGGAGAGGAAGCUGAGAAAGAAGCUAAUGGAGCUGGAGACAAAGUCCGCGCUCAUGAGCAGGGAGGUCAGGGACUUGCAGCCCUACAAGGACCUGCAGCUGGAGCAGCUGAUCAGGGUCAGGGAGCUGGAGAAGGAGCUCCUGCUCACAAAAAUCCAGCACACGGAGCAGAUGCACAAGGUCAAGAGCAGGUUCCUGCAGGCCAAGUCUGACUACACGGCUGCGUCCCGGCAGAAGGUGCAGGCCCUGGCCAAGAGCGCGGAGGAGGCGGCCGUGCGCUGCCUCAUCCAGCACAUCAGGCGGGUGAAGGCCGAGAACUGGCGCCUGCGCCACCAGCUGCUGGGUCUCCUCCGGCGCUCCGGCGUCCUGCGGGCCUACCAGCACCAGCUGCGAGCGCGGCAGCAGCAGCUAUGCUUAGCGCUUCCGGCGUAUGGCAUCGUGUGGAAAGCGGUCAAUCGCAGGACAGGAGAAAUCGUUGCCGUCAAGAAGAUCUUUGAUGCUUUCAGAAACCGAACAGACGCUCAGAGAACGUUCCGAGAAAUUAUGUUCCUGCAGGAAUUUGGGGAACAUCCAAACAUCAUCAAAUUGCUUGAUGUCAUACGAGCCCAGAAUGACAAAGACAUCUAUCUGGUUUUUGAGUCUAUGGAGACAGAUUUGCAUGCUGUGAUCAAGAAAGGGAAUUUAUUGAAAGACAUCCACAAGUGUUACAUUCUCUACCAACUAUUGAAGGCCACCAAAUUCAUCCAUUCGGGAAAUGUCAUUCACAGGGACCAAAAGCCUUCAAAUAUCCUGCUGGAUGCAGACUGCUUUGUUAAGCUUUGUGAUUUUGGUCUGGCCCGCUCCUUGUGUCAGAUCCAUGAGGACCAAGGCAACCCUACACUAACAGAAUAUGUGGCAACACGCUGGUACCGUGCUCCUGAGAUCCUGCUUUCCUCUCUCAGCUACACAAAGGGGGUGGAUAUGUGGAGCAUUGGUUGCAUUCUGGGAGAGAUGCUGCUUGGAAAACCUCUUUUCCCUGGAACAUCCACAGUGAAUCAGAUAGAGAAGAUACUGUGUGUCAUUCCUGCCCCAUCCCCAGAAGAUAUUUUAGCUAUGCAGUCAGACUACAGAGCCUCAGUUAUCAACCGCAUUUGUUCCAGACAACGAGUGACAUUUGAGGAACUUUUACCUUCAUCUACACCCCCUCUAGCUCUGGACCUUCUAAAGAAGCUCUUGGUAUUUAACCCUGAUAAACGGCUGACAGCUGAGGAGGCCUUGCAGCAUCCAUAUGUGAAAAGGUGA